AUGGCGGGCCGUGUUAUGCUUUUUGUGUGCACGUUUGCUCUACUGGAGACUGCCGUUGGAUUUCGCUUUCAGCGGUUCUCGAGGUUGGUACUUAUAGACACGGGUAGCAUUACGGGGCAUGCGAUAUCUCUCUGCAGCGAGCACAUUCCAGAGUCGGCAAGUGCUUCGACAGUUUGUUGGUCGUCAUGUGCGGAAACACAGUCAAAGGCAACCUGCAAUGGCCAGGCUGAAACGUGGCAGUUUGUCUUGCAAAUUCCAUCGAAGCCUUUCAAGGAAGCUGCUCCGGGUUAUGAAGGGUGUGCUCUGAACGAAAAACGUUUCUUGUGCAGCUUGUCGGAAACCCUUAAUUCCCAGUGCACCGAAAAUGCUGGAACGAGGCACACGCGUAACCUAGUGUUGCAACAGUAUCUUGGAUGCGAGGGAGGGACGCACCGGACGCGAUGCCGGAGACGCACACAAAUCGAAAGCCUUACUGAAAACCUAGUUGUCAAACCGCAAAGGUUGCCAGUUGAAUAG